AAGUGUCUGUCGGUGUAUUGAAAGGUGGUUGAGGAUGGUUUCUCUGUGUGCUGGCUCCUCUAUACCGGCAUCCUUCAGCUCUACAUCUGUCACACUCAGCAAACCCUGGAGAGAAGUGAGACAACAAAACUAGGAGAAAACAAAGAUGGAGUUGUGGCGGCAGUGUGCGAUGUGGCUGAUCGAAUGCCGAGUCCUUCCAGAGAACCACCGGGUCACAUGGGAGGGCGCACAGGUGUGUGACCUGGCUCAGGCUCUGAGAGAUGGUGUGCUGCUCUGCCAGUUGCUCAACAACCUGAUGCCUCAAGCUGUCAACCUGAGAGAGAUCAACCUGCGCCCACAGAUGUCCCAGUUCCUGUGCCUAAAGAAUAUCCGGAUGUUCCUGGGAGUUUGUCAGGAGAAGUUUGAUCUCAAAAAGAGUGAACUGUUUGAGGCCUUUGACCUGUUUGAUGUUCGGGACUUUGCAAAGGUUAUAGACACUCUGUCUAUCCUCUCCCAUUCGCCCAUUGCUACACAAAAGAGACUUCAGCCUUUCCCUCUGGGAGGAUGCACUCCUGACGAUGAGAUCUACAGCGGCCUGUCCGACCAGAUAGAUGAAACAGUGGACGAGGAUGAUGACUUGUACGACUUUGUGGAGGACGAGGAGAACGAAGGAGACGAGAUCUAUGAAGACUUGAUGAGGACGGAGGAACAACCAGAAAUUCAGCAGAAGAUUGGCGUGGACAAACGAGAGUGUUGCCUGCUGGAGAUCAGACAGACAGAAGAGAAAUACUCGGAUACACUGCAAUCUAUAUUACAGCACUUUAUGAAGCCUCUUCAAAAGUUUCUCCAGGAGCAAGACAUGGAGAGUAUCUUCAUCAACAUAGAGGAGUUGGCCAACACUCAUCGUACAAUGUUGGCAGAGGUCCGGAGCUCCAUCCUAGAUUAUGGAGCCAAGAACCUGUACCAGGUGUUUCUGAGCUACAAGGAAAGGCUAUUACUGUACGGUCAUUACUGUAGUCAGGUGGAAACUGCAACAAAAACCCUGGAUAAGCUUUCGACUACAAGAGAGGACAUCAGAAUGAAACUGGAGGAGUGUUCAAACAGAGCCAAUAGUCGACGGUUUUCUCUCAGAGACUUACUCAUGGUCCCUAUGCAGAGGGUCCUCAAAUAUCACCUGCUGUUACAGGAGCUGCUGAAGCACACCACUGACGCUGCAGAUAAGGAGAACCUCCGCACAGCUCUUGAUGCCAUGAGAGACUUGGCGCAGUGUGUGAACGAGGUGAAGCGAGACAAUGAGAUCAUCCGACAGAUAACAACUUUCCAGUUGUCGAUAGAAAACAUGACUCAGUCUCUAGCUUUCUAUGGUCGCCCUAAGAUCGACGGAGAGCUGAAGAUCUGCAGUCCUGAGAAGAAGUCUAAACAGGACAGGUAUGUAUUCCUCUUCGACAAGGCCAUGUUCAUCUGUAAGAAGAAGGGCGGAGAGGCGUUUGAGCUAAAGGAGAUCGUUGAACUACAGCACUACCAGAUACGAGACGAAACGGCAGGAGAGAAGGACAACAAGAAGUGGUCCUAUGUGUUCCUCCUGCUGGACUGCUAUGGGAAGUGUGGAUACGACUUGUUCUUCAAAACCAGAGAACUGAAGAAGAAAUGGCUGGAGCAGUUUGAGAUGGCUCAGUCGAAUAUGUGCCCAGAUACCACAGCCAACAACCACGACUUCCAGAUGCACUGCUUCGAGGGAACCACCUGCUGCAAGGCCUGUUCCAUGCUGUUAAGAGGGAUAUUCUUCCAGGGCUAUCGCUGCACUCGCUGUAAAAUGGCUGCACAUAAAGAGUGUUUGGGCAGGGUCCCCGCCUGCGGCCGAAACUCAGAUCAUGCUGGUACUUUGAAGAAGCAUAAAACACAGAGAUCCUCCGGACAAUCCAGCGCUGGAUUUCCAAAGAUGGAGGCGUCUCAGGAGUAUUAUGGGGUGCCGCCACCCCCUGUGGGCUUCGGCCAGCCGCUCCAACUCUCCAAAGGUGACAUCAUCGAGCUGACCCGGGCGGAUGCUGAGCUGCCGUGGUGGGAGGGAAGAAACAUGUCUGUUGGUCAGAUGGGAUGGUUCCCCUCCCAAAAGGUCCACCCCUACGUCCCUAGGCAGACGCCGGACCUGUCUUCAACCAUUUGGUUUGCUGGGAACAUGGACAGAACCGCUGCCAAAAACCUGCUGCUGUCCCGGUUCUGAUGGGACGUUCUCGUGCGGCAGAAAGAUGGAGGAGAGUUUGCAAUCAGUAUCAAGUUCAACAUGGACAUCCGACACAUUAAGAUCACGUCCACUGACGGCCUGUAUCGCAUCAAUGAGAGGAAAGCCUUCAAGGGAAUAAUCGAGAUGAUUCAGUUUUACCAGCAGAACUCUCUGAAGGAGUAUUUCAAGGAUGUGGACACCACGCUGCUCACGCCUUUCAAACAGCCGGAGCAAAGCAACUCGUCGAACAACGCACAAACGCCACACAAAACGCCACACCAAACACCACACCGGGAGGCAGCCUGAAGUGUUUUGGGCGUGGUCCGGGCCCGGUACGACUUCUCCCCCAGAGACCGCUCAGAGCUGUCGCUACGGGAGGGAGACACCAUCAAGAUCAUCUCCAAGAAGGGCCCACAGCGGGUGGUGGAAGGGAGAGGUGUACGGCCGGGUGGGGUUCUUUCCAGCCAAACUAUGUGGAGGAGGAUUCCUCCGACUACUGCUGACGAGGCUCCACAGGAGGAGUGUGGAGCCAGGUCUGUGUGAUACCUGGUUUCCACACAUCAACCUUUAUGCACGAGAGAUAUACUGUGAUUUGAUGACUGUCAGUGAUGUGAAUAAAACCUUUCUUUAACUGA